ACGUGCCCCGAAGUCUUCGCGAGCUGAACUCGGAAAUCUGAAGUCUAGAGACUAGAGACUAGAAACUAGAAACUGUGAGGCGAGUGCGACUUGCCCAACCGAUUCUAACGCUCAGCAGCAAAUUGGCGCCGCCGACGAAUCUCGAGCCCUACACCAUGGCUGUCAUCACGGAACAUGGCGGCACCACCUCUCCGCCGGAAAACAACAACAGCCUUGUGGGAAACGGAAAACUGCGGCUCAAUGGUCACCAGUUGAGCACUUCGCUGACCAUUCCGGAAUUCUUCGCCCACAAAAACAUCUUCGUCACCGGCGGCACAGGCUUUUUGGGCUCUGUCCUGAUAGAGGCUCUUUUGGACACACAUCCCGACAUUGGAACCAUCUACGUUUUGGUGCGCGGCAAGCGCAAGUUCGAUCCCAGCGAGCGGAUUCGUCGACUGCUCCAGAAGCCGAUUUUCGAGAAAUACUCGGAGAAGACGCUGGCCAAGGUGGUGCCAGUUGUGGGGGAACUCAGCGAGCCGAACUUUGGCUUUGGGCCCGAGCUGCUGCAGGAGCUGAUCGAGCAGGUCAACGUGAUCUACCACAGUGCCGCCACCAUCAAGUUCAGCUCCCCGCUGCGCACCGCCAUUCGCACCAAUCUCACGGGAACGAUGCGCACCAUUGAGCUGGCCAAGCAACUGAAGCACCUGGCCGCCUACAUCUAUUGCUCCACGGCCUUCUGCAAUAGCAACAAUCGCGGUCUGAUUGCCGAGGAGGUGUACAAGUCACAAUUCGAUCCGUACGAGAUGAUGAAGAUGGCCGAGGACGAUGCCGCCUGGGAGGAUUUCACCGAUCAGAAGUGCAAGGGCUACAUUCGGGAUCAUCCCAACACGUAUACGUUUACCAAGAAUCUCUCCGAAAAUCUGCUGAUGGCCGAAAUGUCUGGACUGCCAGCAGCCAUAGUCAGGCCAUCAAUUGUUUAUGGCACCCUGGAGCACCCGAUGAAGGGCUGGGUGGGCAAUGCGAACUCUGGUCACCUCGGCUUCUUAGCCGGCUUUGUUAAGGGAAUUUUCCGGACAAUGUGCGGAAGUGCUAAUGCUGUGAUCGACAUCAUACCAUGCGACUAUGUGAUCAAUUCGUCAUUGGUCAUGGGCUGGUAUGUGGGCACCCGGAAACUGGAGCAGCCGGAAAUCAUACACUGCACCUCGGGGGAGGUGAAUCCCCUGAAUUUGGCCGAAUUUUGCACGAUCAUCAACGACAGCGUGGAGCGGCAUCCGCCCAACAGUUUCGUCUGGAAGCCGGCCACGAAGUUGCGCAAUGGCUGGCGUUACAAUCUGUUCUUCUAUCUAUUUCAUCUGCUGCCAGCGAUGGUCUUUAUCAUUCCAGAGAAGCUAUUCGGCAUCGGAAUGCCGCAACACACAGCCUACGAGUAUAUGCGCGUUUUCCAAAAGGGAACCAAGGCCUUCGACUACUUCCUGGACAAGGAUUUCCGCUACUCCCUGAAGAAUGCACUGCGUAUCUCAGCUUUAAUACCCGAGAGCGAUCGAAGGCGGUACAAUUUCGAUGCCAGCCAGUGCGAUUGGUCGGAGUUUAUUGAUCGCUGUCUGAUUGGCAUCCGCCGUUUCUACUUCAAGGAGUCGGCAGUGACAACAGAAUGGCAUCGAAACUACUGGAAGGUCUUCAAUUUCCUGUACUAUGCGGGUUAUGUUGUCAUCUUUGCCGUCCUCUACUUCGCCCUCACUCUAACUUUGGGCAUGCAGAUCGGUCUUACGCUGGCGGUCCUGAUCUGGGGAUUCCUCGUCUGGUUGUAACUCGCUCACUGGAUCGCCAACCGCUGGAGUGUGCAAUAUUCAACCUCCAAUUCCGAUCCUCCCGCACAUGGUUGUUCGUUUCCAUCCGUAGUUUGUUCUUAGUAGGGUAUCAUGUAUUUUACUUUUAAGUCCUUUUUACACAAGCCAAGUACAAGUCAGAAAUGUGUAUCAUAAAAACUUAACAAUCGAAGCAACACUAGACACCAAUCUAUUCACACAGCAAUGCAAAAGUAGCCCAAAACUUAGUCACAUUAACUAAACAAUAAAUGUAAAUCUAAUGAACAAUUGUAGAUUGUUGUAAUAAUCAACCGGUUAAUAGUCAAAUAGUCGAAGAAUGCGAGAAACUAAAAUUUAAAUGAUUAAAUAUGUAACUAUUAUUCAAAUAAAUAUGAUUUUAAUAUUAAGAAAAAGUUAAGAA